AUCCAGUUUCCGGAUUUCCCAGUAACUCUCAAGGUCCUGGUUGCCCACCUUCCUAACGGCAGAGAGUGUCUACCGGAGAGGCCCUGUGCUUAACUGACUGCCGGCCUGCCAGGCUUUGUGAGACAACUCAAAGAAGAUACACUUCUAGUCACACCAUAGGAUCUGUACCACUUACCUACCUCUGUGGAGAGAUUCUCAGAGCAAGAGGCUCAGGGCGGCCGCAGUUCCUUCAAAGGGUCAGCAGUGCCAGUCCAGUGACACAGACCCUAAGAAGGGAGCGUCCCCUCCAAGGAUUCCUACCCCAGUUCCCAGCGUGGAUGGGGGAGCCCGCAUGAGCUGCUGCCCACCGCUGCAUCGGUGGGGAACCAGUUGUGUCUGCACGUGUGUCUAUGCUUCUGUAAGAACAGCAGAAAAUGAACAAAUCCCAGGGGUCACUGUUAUUUGGGGAUGUGACUGUGGACUUCUCCCGGGAGGAGUGGCAGUGCCUGGUCCCAGCACAGAGGACCCUGUACAGGGAUGUGAUGCUGGAGAACUACCACAACUUUGUCUCAGUGGGGUUUCUCACUAACAAGCCAGAGGUGAUCUCCAAACUGGAGGAAGGGGAAGAGCCAUGGACAGUAGAGGAAGAAUUUCUGUACCAGAACUACCCCGAAGACAACAAAACUCAUUACCUAAAAGAGAGAAUCCAGGAAAACCAAGACAGAUAUUUGCCACAAGUUGCAUUUGAGAACAAAACACUGUUCUCAGAAAAAGUUCGUGCUUUAAGAAAAUCAUCUAAUAUGAGUACAGACUUUGUCUCUUCAAGAAAAAUGACCUGUAACCACAACUUACAUGGAGUGAGUUUGAAAAAUAUUUUAUUAUCAAUUGCUAAUAAUAGAAACUCUUUAAGAAAAAAGCAUGACAUUUUAAAUGUGUAUGAGAAAUUACGUGAUAUUAAGCAGGAAAAACCUCAUACUCAAGAGACUUCUAAUGAAAAUAAUCAAAAUGAGAAAGACUUUGGUCAUAAGAAUGAUAUUAUUCAGCACCUAAAUACUCAGACUUCAGAGGAGACUUUAAAAUAUAAUCAUGGUGGAAAAUCCUUAGGAGAAAAGACCAUAAUAAUUCCACACAGGCAAAAUGACGCAAGAAAGAAACUCUGUGAACAUAAGGAACAUGGUGGGGAAACCUGUGAGAAAUCCUCUCUCUUGAAAUGUCAUGGGGUCUGUGUGGAAAUAAAACAAUACAGAAGCAAUCAAAUUGAAAAUAAUUUCAGUAGGAUGUUACACUUCACUCAAGUCCAGAAAAGUCAGAGAGGUGAAUGUCUAUUCAAAUGUAAUGAAUGUGGGCAAACUUUCAACUACAAGUCAAACCUUACAGUGCAUCAGAGAACACACACAGGAGAGAAACCCUACCAACUUAAUUCACGUAGGAAGACCAGUCACAAAUCAACCAUCACAGACCAUCAGAGAACACAUACAGGGGAGAAAUUUCAUAAAUGUAGUGAAUGUGGGAAGUCCUUUUACAAUAAGUCGUCUCUCACUCGACAUGAGAGAACAUAUACAAGGGAGAGGCCCCAUGAAUGUAAUGAAUGUGGGAAAACUUUCUGUGAGAAGUCCGCCUUCACUCAACAUCAGAGAACUCAUACAGAGAGAAACACUUUCAGUAUAUUGAAGGCAGUAAAACUUUCUGUUGGCAGGGAGACAAAGGUACGUCAGAGGGUUCACACAGGAGAGAAACGCUUUCAAUGUAAUGAAUGUGGUAAAACUUUCCAUUGGCAAUCAGACAUUAAGCUACAUCAGAGAACUCACACAGGAGAGAAACCCUUUCAAUGUAACAAAUGUGGUAAAACUUUCUAUCGGCAGUCAGAUGUUAAUGCACAUCAACGAAUUCACACAGGAGAGAAACGCUUUCAGUGUAAUCAAUGUGGCAAAACUUUCUAUUGGCAGUCAGAUGUUCAUGCACAUCAGAGAACUCACACAGGAGAGAAACCCUUUCAAUGUAAUCAAUGUGAUAAAACUUUCCAUCGGCAGGCAGAUGUUAAUGUUCAUCAGAGAACUCAUACGGGAGAGAAACGCUUUCAGUGUAAUGAAUGUGGAAAAACUUUCUAUCGGCAGUCGGAUGUUAAUGCACAUCAGAGAAUUCACACAGGAGAGAAACCCUUUCAAUGUAAUCAAUGUGGUAAAACUUUCUAUCGGCAGGCAGACGUUAACGUGCAUCAGAGAACUCACACAGGAGAGAAGCGCUUUCAAUGUAAUGAAUGUGGUAAAACUUUCUAUCGGCAGUCAGAAGUUAAUGUACAUCAGAGAACUCACACAGGAGAGAAGCCCUUUCAGUGUAAGGAAUGUGGCAAAACUUUCUAUCGACAGUCAGAUGUCAAUGCACAUCAGAGAAUUCACACAGGAGAGAAACCUUACAAAUGUAACGAAUGUGCAAAAUCCUUUUACGAGAAGUCAUCCCUCACUCGACAUGAGAGAACUCACACAGGGGAAAAACCCUAUGAAUGCAGUGAGUGUAGUAGAACUUUCUGCCAGAGGUCAGCCCUCACUCAACAUCUGAGAACUCACACGGGAGAUAGACCUUUUCAUUGUAUUAUAUGUGGGAAAACUUACCGUCAUCUGUCAGCUUUUAACGUACAUCGGAGAACUCACACAGGAGAGAAACCCUUUCAGUGUAUUGAAUGUGAGAAAUCUUUUCUUACAAAGUCGACUCUUAUUAAUCAUCAGAGAACUCACACAGGGGAAAAACCCUAUGAAUGUAAUGAAUGUGGGAAAAGUUUCCGUCAUAAAUCUACCCUUACCACCCAUCUGAGAACUCACUCAGGAGAGAAGCCUUAUAAGUGUGAAUGUGGAAAAACUUUCGGCCGGAAAUCAGCCCUUACACAUCAUCAAGGAAUUCACAUAGGGUAGGAGCCCUAUAGCAGAAAUACGCUGUUUCCCCCAAUACCCAUUUCUCUUUUUUUUUUAUGGUUACACAACUAGUGCAGAUUCGCUAGCCUUCUUUCCAUGCACAUGAGACUAUAUGACCUGCACUCAAAAUGUGGGCACAAAUUCCAAGCCUGUAGAAGACCUCAUUUGAAAUUUUUCCUACUUCCAUUUUUCUUUCCUUAUCAAAGUGUAAUGGAGAUAUCCUCAGGACAAUUUAGGAGCUAGUCAUUAGAGAUUAGAUUCAUAACUCCUGGGCAGAAUUCUGCCUUCUCUAACAUCAUUUUAUAAGUCUUGUCAUAAACAAGAAAUAAAUUUUGUGUUUUUUUUUUUUUUUUCUUUUUAGCCAUUACAUGUUUAGGGCUUUCUGUUGCCAUUGUAUAUCCUAGCCAUGCCUUAUCCCAUUACCCUGUGAAUCUAAUGAAGGUAUGAUAAACCCUGUAUGUCAGAGAAUUCAUUUAGGGAGAAACCACUCUCAAUAUCCUGCAUUUUAAUAAACCUUCGUCAACAAGCCAAACAUUUUGUAAAUCAGAAAGUUACAGUGGAAACCCCAAAAAUGAAGGCAGUGAAAUUUUCACAAAGAAGCUACAUCUGAUUGACCAGCAGAUAAUUGAGAGUAGAAUAAAGUAACAACAUGAAAAAUGUUUCAAGAUUUAUAUAUCAGAAUACAUAACAAAAAAAAAUUGUCAGCUUAGGAAAUGAGGAAAACAUCCUCAUCUAGUAAUGAUCUUAUUCUAGAAGCGAUGUUUUGGAUGCAUUAAUAAAUAGUUUGCAAGUAAUAUAAAACAAUGUUUAUUUAACGGUCUUGCUCAGCAAGAAACACAUCACUUUGAGAAAGGUGCAAGUGAGUUGAGUUCUCAGAGCAGCAGCAUUAAGUGUAUAUGAGUAGCCUCUGUGCUAGGUCAGGCUUACACACGUGACAGUGCUCUUUCACAACUAUUUUCUGUAUCCUUGAUUUUUGUUUCAGACUCAAAAUAGUUACAGUAGGAAUGGUGCACCCUUACCUAAGUAACUUGUAACACAUGCUAGAAUUUCUGACACUACAUACUAUUGUCCUAUCACAUAUUUACAGCACAACAUACAUGUAUUUUUAAAAAGCACCGAAUGCAUGAAAUACCAUGUGUCAUAUGUGUUUUUUACUUUUUGGUGGCGUAGAUAACUCCACAUAGACCUUGUGAAGAAACUAUCCUUUUAGUAAAUCACCCAAAUAACAUUUAAUAAAAUCAAGAUUCAUUUGAAAUAUGCAACGAUUCAGAACAGUUGUUUAUGAUACACAUAUGAGUUAAUUUUCAAAAGUGGUCUUGAACGUUAGUACUUCUUACACUGUACAGAUUGAAAGCAAGGCCCACUGAAGACAUUCCCCCCAUUUUUGUGUUACGUCUAAAGAGUAUGUUUAUGUCAGCUUAACUGCAAAGUGCCGAAUUAUGUGAGCAAAGAACUCUCUGCAUUUGUAUUUGUUGUGGUAGAAUGCCCCAUUCCCCCCCUAGAAUUUGCAUGAUUUCCACAGAUAAGCUGUUCUAUGCCUGUCGCUUAUUAUUUGAGUGACCUAUGUAGUGACUUCAUCUUUCUGCUUCAAUUUCCUGAUCUACCUCACAGAUAAUGAAUAGUUUGGGUUGAGAUUUUUUGUUAUUAGAGCCAAAAGCAGUUAUGUUUAGGACUUGAACAUUAGAAAUAAAAUAGUCAUUACAUGGUAUGCAGUGUUUUUCUGCUUCUUGAGUUGAUACAAGAAGAUUCUUUUUAGAACGUUGUAUUUUGUCAGGUUUGUCUUUAAACCUGAAGCAAAUGUGUUUCACAUAUGAAACAAAUGUGUUUAGAUUAAACAGAAUAAUCUAUUGACAUCUUUCUGUUGUUGGUUAAAUACAGUGAACUAAAAAUCCAACUUUUUUUUUUUUUUUUUUGCAAAUGACUAGCCAAUGAAUCUUUCACCUGUUCAUUCAUUCGCCCUUACUUCACUGUUUUGAAACCCCAUUUUUUUGUAUACACACCCUUUGGCGUGGCUGUUGCUUUUCUAGGCCCUGCAUUCUUGUCCAUGUUCUUGUCUUGCCUACUGCUGGUCCAUAAUCCAGAUAGGCCAACCACAGGACACCACCCUCCUACCCUACACUGAAGAUUUCACAGCUGCUCACUCUGCUUCUGCCACUAUGUAAAACUCAUUGUGAAUUUCAGUGGUUCUAACAUUUUGUCAUCUUCCACAUUGUUCGUUUAUUAAAACCAGCAAAAUGGUUUUGAGUUAUGACCAUGUUUAUAUAUGUAGUUUUGUUCUUU